GUGCAGUUGAACCGCGUGUGGGGCAAAGCUGCGUAUCGGCCUUCUGGGUUCGCUCGCUCACACGGCUCCCUCUUUCGCUCCCUCCUCCAAGUGUGGUCAGCCUUUUACACAGGGACCACAAGAGAGUUCUUACUAGGAAUGACUGUCAGUCCCUGCCCACCCGCGUGCCAUGAGCCCUAGCAGAGCUUCAAAGUUAGAGCCACCUCCCACUCUACCUCCCCACGCCCCUUCACGCCACUGCUCCGAAAUUCACCGACCUUUGCGUGCAUUGCCUAAAGGCUGCAAACCUUAGGGCAGAGAAGCUCGCAACCCUGCCAGGCUUUCUGUAUUAUAACCUAGGUCUAGGUACAGUAGCUCACUAAAGACUCUGCAGAUACACCCCUAUAAACGGAGGGAAGACGGGGGGAGGGAAAGGAGGAGAGAGAAAAGGAGAAAGAGAAUGAGGAGGAGAGGAUGUCAGAAGGUCCGUGCCUCUCUGCCUGAGUCCCAAUUAGAUGCGACUGUUUCAGCCUGGCCAAGGUGAAGGAAAGUUGCUUCUGAGCCCAGGAAGUGGGUUUGGCUGCAAGGAGGAGGAGGGCGACUGGGCUCUAAAGCUCCCCUCCCUUCUGCUGAAGACCACUGGGUCCCCUUCUUCCCAACCUCCUCCUGUUCUUCUCCUCUAGCCCUCCCUUUCCCACUCCUCCUUGACUCGGAGGCCUGGAUGCUGGGCCACCGGGCAGUGGUCCAGCGCGCAGCCGGGCGGGGGCGGGGGCAGGGGGCACUGUGACAGGAAGCUUCGCGCACAAGUUGGCCAUUUCAGGGGCAAAAUAAGUUCUCCCUUGGAUUUAGAAAGGACAAAGGCAGCAAGCUCCCUCUUUUGUGUCGGAUGAAGAGGACCAACCAUGAGCCAGAUCUUGGGUGCAGGCUCACCGCUGCCGCUACCACCGCGGUCAGCUUCAGUUCCUGCCAGGAGUUGAUGGUGCGAGGAAUUUGGUGACGGGCUCUUUUAGCCCUAUCCUCCCUUAUCUGAAGGACAGGCCAGAGAUCCCACUUGGAAAUGAGAGAAGACUAGUGGAAAACGUUGACUCCACCCAGUGAUUUCUCCAAGAGAUCCAGAACCAGGAUUCAUGAAGAUGUUGACAAGACUACAAGUUCUUAUGUUAACUUUGUUUUCAAAGGGAUUUUUACUCUCUUUAGGAGAUCACAACUUUAUGAGGAGGGAAAUUAAAAUAGAAGGAGACCUUGUUUUAGGGGGCUUAUUUCCUAUUAAUGAAAAAGGCACUGGAACUGAAGAGUGUGGUCGAAUCAAUGAAGACCGAGGUAUCCAACGCCUGGAGGCCAUGUUGUUUGCCAUCGACGAAAUCAACAAAGACAAUUACUUGCUCCCAGGAGUGAAGCUGGGGGUUCACAUUUUGGAUACAUGUUCAAGAGAUACCUAUGCAUUGGAGCAAUCACUGGAGUUUGUCAGGGCAUCUUUGACUAAAGUGGAUGAAGCUGAAUAUAUGUGUCCUGAUGGAUCAUAUGCUAUUCAAGAAAACAUCCCACUGCUCAUUGCAGGAGUCAUUGGUGGUUCAUACAGCAGUGUGUCCAUACAGGUGGCAAACCUGCUGCGGCUUUUCCAGAUCCCUCAGAUUAGCUAUGCCUCCACCAGCGCCAAACUCAGUGACAAGUCGCGCUAUGAUUACUUUGCCAGGACCGUGCCCCCUGACUUCUACCAGGCCAAAGCCAUGGCCGAGAUCUUGCGCUUCUUCAACUGGACCUAUGUUUCCACUGUUGCCUCUGAGGGUGACUAUGGGGAGACAGGGAUUGAAGCCUUCGAGCAGGAAGCAAGGCUGCGCAACAUCUGCAUAGCCACUGCUGAAAAGGUAGGCCGCUCCAACAUCCGCAAGUCCUACGACAGUGUGAUCCGUGAGCUCCUGCAGAAACCCAAUGCACGUGUGGUGGUCUUGUUCAUGCGCAGUGACGACUCCCGAGAGCUGAUCGCUGCAGCCAGCCGCGUGAAUGCCUCCUUCACCUGGGUGGCCAGCGACGGCUGGGGUGCACAGGAGAGCAUCAUCAAGGGCAGUGAGCACGUCGCCUAUGGCGCCAUCACCCUGGAGCUGGCAUCCCACCCUGUUCGCCAGUUUGAUCGCUACUUCCAGAGCCUCAACCCCUAUAACAACCACCGUAACCCAUGGUUCCGAGACUUCUGGGAGCAGAAGUUCCAGUGCAGCCUGCAGAACAAGAAAAACCACAGACGGGUUUGUGACAAGCACCUGGCCAUUGACAGCAGCAACUAUGAGCAAGAAUCCAAGAUCAUGUUUGUAGUGAAUGCAGUGUAUGCCAUGGCCCAUGCGCUGCAUAAAAUGCAGCGUACCCUCUGCCCCAAUACCACCAAGCUCUGUGAUGCAAUGAAGAUCCUGGAUGGAAAGAAAUUGUACAAGGAUUAUUUGCUGAAAAUCAACUUUACAGCUCCAUUCAACCCGAAUAAAGGAGCAGACAGCAUUGUGAAGUUUGACACUUUUGGAGACGGGAUGGGAAGAUACAACGUGUUCAACUUCCAGCGUAUAGGUGGAAAGUAUUCCUACUUAAAGGUUGGCCACUGGGCAGAAACCUUAUCUCUAGAUGUGGACUCUAUCCACUGGUCCCGGAACUCAGUCCCCACUUCCCAGUGCAGUGAUCCCUGUGCCCCCAAUGAAAUGAAAAACAUGCAGCCAGGGGAUGUUUGCUGCUGGAUCUGCAUCCCCUGUGAGCCCUAUGAAUACCUGAUUGAUGAGUUCACCUGCAUGGAUUGUGGCCCUGGUCAGUGGCCCACUGCAGACUUAUCUGGAUGCUACAACCUUCCAGAGGAUUACAUCAAGUGGGAAGAUGCCUGGGCAAUAGGCCCAGUCACCAUUGCCUGCCUGGGUUUUAUGUGUACAUGCAUAGUUAUAACUGUUUUUAUCAAGCACAACAACACACCCUUGGUCAAAGCAUCAGGCCGAGAACUCUGCUACAUCUUGUUAUUUGGAGUUAGCCUGUCCUAUUGCAUGACAUUCUUCUUCAUCGCUAAACCAUCGCCUGUCAUCUGUGCAUUGCGCCGACUUGGGCUUGGGACGUCCUUUGCCAUCUGUUAUUCAGCUCUGCUGACCAAGACAAACUGCAUCGCUCGCAUCUUUGAUGGGGUCAAGAAUGGCGCUCAGAGGCCAAAAUUCAUCAGCCCCAGUUCUCAGGUUUUUAUCUGCCUGGGUUUGAUACUGGUGCAAAUUGUGAUGGUGUCUGUGUGGCUUAUCCUGGAGACUCCAGGUACCAGAAGAUACACCCUUCCAGAGAAGCGGGAAACAGUCAUCCUAAAAUGCAAUGUCAGAGAUUCCAGCAUGUUGAUCUCUCUGACCUAUGAUGUGGUCCUGGUGAUUCUAUGCACUGUGUACGCCUUCAAAACAAGGAAGUGUCCUGAAAACUUCAAUGAAGCCAAGUUCAUCGGCUUCACCAUGUACACCACCUGCAUCAUCUGGUUGGCAUUCCUCCCUAUUUUUUAUGUGACAUCAAGUGACUACAGAGUGCAGACGACGACAAUGUGCAUUUCCGUUAGCUUGAGUGGUUUCGUGGUCCUGGGCUGUUUGUUUGCCCCCAAGGUGCACAUUGUCCUGUUCCAACCCCAGAAGAAUGUGGUCACACACAGACUUCACCUCAACAGGUUCAGUGUCAGCGGAACUGCCACCACAUAUUCUCAGUCCUCUGCAAGCACAUAUGUCCCGACAGUGUGCAACGGAAGGGAAGUCCUGGACUCCACCACCUCAUCUCUGUGAUUGUGAUACUCUGUUCAGUUCUCAUGUUUAGGCUGUUAGACAAAGUGCUCACAUGCUGCUCCAGAACAUGGAAACAGAACAAAGACAACAACCCUAGGACCUUUUGUUUUUUUUUUUUUAGAAACAGUACAAUAAAUUAUUUUUGAGGACUGUAUGGUAUACAGUGAUGUGCUACAACUUUCUAGGCUGAUUUUAGUGCCCCUAUUAACAGCCCCUCCCCCAGGACAUGGAAAUAACCAUUGUUUACAGAGCUGAGCAUUGGUGACAGGGUCUGACAGGGUCAGUCUACUAAAACAAAAAACAAACAAAAAAAAAAAACAAAAAAAUACAGUGGCAAUAUUAGGUAACCUUUUUCCUAUGAAGUCUUUUGUAGGUUCUUGUUGUAACUAAUUUAGGGUGAGUUUCUACGUUGUAUAUUAAAGUUACAUUAAGUGUAACAGAACGUUCUUCUCAGUACAAAAUAAAAAGCAUCUGUAUUAAUGUAAAGAUAAUCAGAAUAAAACCUUCAAGGUUUUCAAGC